AAACCCAAAAAAACACAAAGCAGCGUACAACCGUUGCCCGUGAGAUCCCGCGAGAAAAGACGAUAGGUGAAUAUCAUAUCUACUAUUUUAUAUCACCACUAACACUACAGCAUCACCAGCAAUAAGAAUAUUUUACUUUUUCUCGCCGGUAAAAGCCAGAGAAUCACAAUACAAGCUUCGCCACAAAUAAACCACCUUACACCGACACCUUGUCUCGUCACCUGGGUUUACCCGAACGGGUAGACAGCCUGAGACUUUCCCAGAAAGUAGGCGACCUACAUACACAGACAAAUGUUAGAGUAUUUGUGUCUGUGACCACAUCUUGAUAACAGGUAGUCGUGUGGAGGUUGUAGUCUUGUUUUGUGUUCUGAUAAUUUGAAAGUGUUCUUAUCGACUGAAGAUGUCACAGCAGGGAACUAUGCUGAGUACCAUAAUCUGUCUGCUACCACUGUUUUCACACCUCCAACCUGCGACAGGUGAGACGACAGGAGAACUACUCCAGUCUGUUGGAAAGCAAACACAAAAAGAAAAUUACGAUGAAAUAGUCUGCACCUUCAACGUGAAGGUCUCCCUCUCCCGCGUGGACUUCGUUCAUAAGACAGGAUCAGCAGUUUUCGCCAUCGUGGACUGUGGCACCUCGUGCAACGUUCUCAGUUCCUACCAAGAUGUCCUCCGCAUCGUGUCUCCACAGAAAACCAUUUCCGGUGACCGUUUUGUCUUUAAUGCCACGCACUCGGACAGAACCACAGGAACGUACACGUGUCACGGAAUUCUUGCGCCCCAGGUGGUCUACCCUACCCCUUCAGGGACUGCCAUGGUGAUGGCGAUGGCGAGGAAGUCAGAUGACAUCAGGUUCACCACCAGAGACAGAUGAGGUGUCACACAAUGCUGGUGGAAGCUCUACGGACUUCUUGCACUGAUUAUAAUUCCCAUCCUGCUGGUACUCAUAGGAGUAGUCUUGUUCCUUCACUGGUGGGGAGUGAUUCAGAUUCCUGGUCUGCCGAAAACUAGAGGAGAACCACGUGACUUGAGACAUAUUCUAGAGAAUCUGCUGCAGCCUGUCAUUGGUUGCUGGGAAAGGACACGUGGUCUCUGCCAAUGCACACGUGCGGAAAACGAGGAUCCUUCAAAACUCCGAAGUCAAACCACGAUCAAGACGAAGAGAAUUCUCCCGAAGCUGAAGCAUUAUUAAGUCAGAAUGAAGAUAAAAAACCUCUGCACCAUGGUGCAAAACCAGGCAAAUCGAAGAGCGAUUUAUCCUAUUCCACAGAGGUAUCUUUUAAAAGCGACAGAAACGACGAGCGUAAAGACGAUGAAAUGUCUGUUGUAGUUGAGCAUGAAGACGCAGAGGGUAAAAUUAUUAGUCCAAUGACUGUAAAAGACAUUGUUUACCGAAUUGAAAGCACCCAGUGUAUACCACAAACAUCUAGCGCCAUGACAGAAGAAGGGAGAAAGGAUAAAGAAAAAAUCAAGAGAAUAAAUGUGCCGUUAAAACCAGCACGAAGUGAAAAAGGCAUGGAAGGAACAGAGGAGAGAAAAGAAAAAGAAAGUAGUGAAGCCGAGUCAGAAACAAUUAGCAAUGACGAUAUAAAGGCGAAGUUAACACAUAAGCGUACGGAAGACAUGGAUGAAAGGAAAGAGACAAAUAACGAGAAAGCAAACUUUGAAAUGGAAGAAAAAGAUAUUACGGAAAUAAAGUUAGGGACAGAAGACAAGAAGGAUACAAGACAGAAACAAGAUCUAAUUCAAGAAACGAUGGUGGCAAAGGUUGAGCAAAAAGACAAACUGGAAACAAACAGUGAAGUGGAGAAUGCUCAAGAACUGGAAGCAGAGGCAAUGGGAGAGCAAACACCAGACACGAGAGCAGAAACAGUGCAAACUAGCGAAGAAAAGGAAAAUGGCAGUAAUGAAAACGAUGACUACGAGACCACCUCUGAUGCCGAUAGAAGUAGAAAUGCUGAAGGUGCUGUUGAUGUUGAUAUGUUGGAUGGCGCAAGGUCCACUGGGCAGAACCUAGUCUACACCGACCUGUCUCUCCCUGAACACUCACAGGACGCGGCAAUAAAGAGACUACAAGACGCUAGACGUGGACUAAAUCCCCAUACCCAAUAAAGUUAGAGGAAAUGACGAUGACAACAGCCUGGAAGUGUAAGCAACAAUAAGUUCACAUGUUUGAUGAGGUCACACAGUCCAUCGUUAGGGGAGCUAGGGAUGUGUCCAGCACAGCUACAUCAGAGAGAAGUUUGACAAACUGUACAAAGCCUGAACUAUACACACACAGGUUUGUUGUAUUCUGACUAAGAUUCCUGUCCAGGUGUCCAGUAUGUUGACUUAGUUCCUCAUCAGCCUGCAACUACAACCUCCCGUGACAAGCAGGGAGCUAAAACAAAAACUUGUCUGGAUAAAAGUGGAUCUUUAGUCAACAACAGGGUUUUUUAUUUCAGAAAUGUGCUUUUAAUGCGAAGAACACAAAUGCUAGUUAGAACUGAAUGGCAUCUGAGAGCUAAGUGUGUAGAAGACCAUGUGAUGUGGAUGUAACAUAGACAAAGAAUGUACAUCGCUCCAUCAGUGAGACUGGAGAUGUCAGAGACAAUGUGAACCUCGGGACAGAAGGAAAGAAAAGUACUGUAAUACAAAGGUACCGAAGACAGAAAGAUGAGACUAAACAUUAGCUGUUAAACAAGUCUCCAGACACUAGCAACUUAAAACUGAAGCCACUGGUCAAGAACAAGACAGAAGAGACUGUUCACAACAAAGACUAAAUGAACUGCUCAAACUAAAGUGAACAGGAAGGUGGAGUGAACAUCACACUACUCAGUAUGUCUCAGGCAACUGGUCACAAGCGGCAAGGGAGAGAAUAAACUACAAGGAAAAAACUCUUGGUGCUAUCGAGUUACUUGUAUUCAGUCAUGUGUGUCAGCAGGCACUUGAGAACAAGGCACAAAGGACUUGUUAGAAGAGAUUGCUUACAGACCAAGCAACGAGAACUGUUUAUUGACAAGAGUGGAUGGAAGUACACAGUGAAGGCAGAAGAAGCUGUUCACAGACACACUGAACUAAUAGUUACACUUAUCUCCACCUUAAAUCUUUGAGAGAUGUUUUACGAAGUAGCAAGGGGGAUAAGAAGACCAGCAUGAUAUUGGUAAAAGCUCACUUCCAACUUGAUCAUCACUUUGUCUUCUGUGAUAAAAAAUCUUUUAUUGCGACUAGUCGUAUGACAUAGCACACAAGCCUGAAAACAACCCAAAUAUAACCCACCUUUCACUGACUUUCAGAAUACAGAAGGAAAUACCUUUGAACGACCGAUGUUUAUGUGCAUUGCCACCACCCUCCCAACAGUAAAGUGGGGGAUCCUCGUAUAUUUGUUAUCGUCACGGAUCUCACCAUGUGACCUGUAGUUGUUGCUUUCCUUGUUUACAUAUGUCAGGCCUGUGUGUAUGUGAUUGUUUACUACUGUGAUGAUGCGUGUCGGAGCCCAGACUUCAUGUACAAAGUGAAAUGGUCACACAUAUAAAAUAUACAUAUUGUGGUUAAUAUGCUACAUUUCGAAGUAGAUGGUAGUAUGCUUAAAACCUGUUUGAGUCGGUAAGUGAAAGCUCUCACACAAAUAUAUAAUUACUCAUUGAGCCUGUGAUAUAAGGAAAGCAGCGACCUGCCGACUACAUUUGAAGUCAUUGUGUUGUUAUUUUGAACAUGUAGUUACAAUACUGAGCACUGUGUUUUGUGUCCAAAGCUAUUUUGAGUAUUUUCAGUUUGUAUAAAAAUCGUAAAUUGUGCACAGUUUGCUAGAAAUAUAUUAUAGUUAUAUAGAAUCACCCUGUUGGUUUAAAAUAACAUGCUUUCUGUCAAAAUA